CUCAUCACAGAACCCUUCAGCCAUUACCACCACCGUUUCUUUCGAAAUCCUCUGUCUCUGCGUGCGUGGCACACAAGCGCACGGCUAUUACCAGAGAGCCAGCUCCGCCCUGCUUGGUUCCAUUCCAAGAAGCAAUUAAGGGGGCAGGAAACAAAGACUCAGGCUGCAAUGGGGGAGGACAUGGACGCGGCCGGCGCGGGCUGGCUGUCGUGGCGAGCGGCGGCGGUCGCCGUUCUCGCUUGGCUGGCGCUGCACGUGGCGGCGCGCGUGGCGGACGCGCUGUGGUGGCGGCCCCGGCGCCUGGAGGCGCACUUCGCGGCGCAGGGCGUGCGCGGGCCGCCGUACCGGUUCCUGCUGGGGUCCGUGAAGGAGAUGGUGGGGCUCAUGGCGGAGGCCUCGUCCAAGCCCAUGUCGCCGCCAACCUCCCACAACGCGCUGCCCCGCGUGCUCGCCUUCUACCACUACUGGCGGAAGAUCUACGGACCGAACUUCUUGAUCUGGUUCGGGCCGACGCCGCGCCUGACGGUGGCGGAGCCGGAGCUGGUGCGCGAGAUCUUCCUGACGCGCGCGGAGGCGUUCGACCGCUACGAGGCGCACCCGGUGGUGCGCCAGCUCGAGGGCGACGGCCUCGUCAGCCUCCACGGCGACAAGUGGGCGCUCCACCGCCGCGUCCUCGCCGACGCCUUCUACCCGGACAACCUCAAACGGCUGGUGCCCCACGUCGGCCGGUCGGUGGCGGCUCUGGCGGAGAAGUGGCGCGCCAUGGCGUCCGCCUCCUCGAGCGGCGAGGUGGAGGUGGACGUCGCGGAGUGGUUCCAGGCGGUCACGGAGGAGGCCAUCACGCGCGCCACCUUCGGCCGCAGCUACGACGACGGCCGCGUCGUGUUCGCCAUGCAGGGCCGCCUGAUGGCCUACGCCUCCGAGGCCUUCCGCAAGGUCCUGGUCCCCGGCUACCGGUUCUUGCCCACCAAGAAGAACUGGCAGUCGUGGAAGCUGGACAGGGAGAUACGGCGGAGCCUGACCCGUCUCAUCGCCCGGCGCAGCGACGAGGCCGAGGCCGAGGAGGAGGAGAUGGGCAGCCACUCCGGCGGGUUCCGCGACCUUCUCGGCGCCAUGAUCAAUGCCGGCGAGAGGAAGACGCCGCCGGCGGGGGCGAUCCCGGUGGCGGACAUGCUGGAGGAAUGCAAGACGUUCUUCUUCGCCGGGAAGCAGACGACGACGAACCUCCUGGCCUGGGCCACCGUGCUCCUGGCCAUGCACCCGGAGUGGCAGGAACGCGCACGCCGCGAGGUCCUCGACGUCUUGGGCCCCGACGAGCUCCCCUCCAAGGAGCACCUUCCAAGGCUCAAGACGGUGGGCAUGAUCAUAAACGAGACCCUGCGGCUGUACCCGCCGGCGGUGGCCACCAUCCGGCGCGCCAAGACGGACGUGCAGCUCUCCAACGGGUGCCUGAUCCCGCGCGACACGGAGCUGCUGAUCCCGAUCAUGGCGAUCCACCACGACGCCAGGCUCUGGGGCGCCGACGCGGCGCAGUUCAACCCCGCGCGGUUCGCCGGCGGCGCGGCGAGGGCGGCGAAGCACCCGCUGGCGUUCAUCCCGUUCGGGCUUGGCGCCCGGGCGUGCAUCGGCCAGAACCUGGCGCGCCUGGAGGCCCAGCUCACCGUGGCGGUCCUGCUUCAGCGGUUCGAGAUCAGGGCGUCCCCGAACUACGUCCACGCGCCCACGGUCCUGAUGCUCCUCUACCCGCAGUACGGCGCGCCGGUGAUCUUCCGGCCACGACGUCCCGCGCGCCCGGCAGCCGCAUCAUAGCCCAGAUUCUUCGCCUGUCCGGCUGUCCCACAUUCUUUUUGUCGAAAUUGACGGGAAUGCCGCGGGUCUGUCACCUGCCUCCUGGUUCUGGUGGACCUGUCCAGAAUGACCGAAACACCCCUCCCGCGACCCUUUGUCCCUGUGUAUAUUAGCGAGUGAUACUAGAAGCCAAGGAGCACUAACUUUUUGUCCUAGCCUGCUGCCUGCGCUGCGCCUUGGGGCCUACCCAGGUUGCCCGGAAAUGCCCUCGUUAACAAGACCAGAUCAGGCCCAGCCCUUUUUAAAGAUUUGAUUUGAUGACACGCAAGGAGAGGCCGGAGGACCGGACCCACACCUCACCUGUGUUUGUUCCCUGCCCCGUGGCGUCUGGUGCAGUGGUGUAUGUGUUUGUACAUAGGCUUGUUGUUCCAUGUUCUACGUUAUUAAUAGAGACAAAAAAUGCAAAGGAAAAAAAGAGAGAGAGAUUGAGAUGGCGAAUUAAUGAAGCAGCGUGUGUGAUAUGCUUACCUUCGAUUCA